ACGCAACCCCCACCGCCAUUUUGGGAGUCAGAUUGUAAAUAUUACUAGUGACGAAAAGCAAAUACGUCCACAAAUUCGGUGGCCUUAAUAUGGUUCACACGUGUGUAGUGGCCGGGUGUCGGAACAGGAGGACUCCUGGGACCACAUUAUCCUUCUACAGGUUUCCACGGGACCCGGAGCGGAAGCAGCGCUGGAUCGCUGCUGUGAAUCGUGAAGGGUGGGUGCCAAACGAGGGCAGUAGACUCUGCAGCACUCACUUCAUUUCAGGAAAACAAGUGAAAAAUCCUCGAUCCCCAGACUAUAUUCCUUCGGUUUUCACUUCAGCGCCACUGUCGCCGAAUACGAAAGAAGCAAGUGCCUGUGAGAUGUAUGAUAAACAAGAGGCACAAGUGGAGGCAGCCAAUGCUUUGCUCUUCCUGCAAGGACAAGGGCGUUUCUUGGAGGAUCAUGGCCAGAUCAGAAGUCAAGAAGAGCCAGAGAGUAUUUCCUCUUCACUAAGUAGUUGUGAUGAAGAGGAUGAUAAGACUGAAGAUGGCAUAGAAGAAGAUAUCUCACUGACAAGUGUAAACCAAAGAGGAAGUCCAGUGCAAAGCAUUCCCUCUGAAUAUGAGUCCAGUCUUGAGGCUCUUAAGAAAGAGAAUAUGGAGCUGAGGGAAUCGAUAGAAAAGAUGUCUCUCACUGAGGCGUCCUUCAAACAUGAUCCAGAAAAGGUUCGGUUUUAUACAGGAUUGCCAAACUACUUCGUGUUCGAGACGGUGAUGUUGCUUCUCGUGCCACACAUGAAAGGGGACAAAAAUGCGAAACUCUCAAAAUUCCAACAACUGCUCUUGACUCUCAUGCGACUCAGGCUUGAUCUUAGAAAUCAAGACUUGGCCUAUCGUUUUGGGGUCAAGGUUGCCACAGUGACCAAGACUGUCCAUCGGAUUAUUAAUAUAAUGUUCACCACCCUCGUGCCCACUGCUGUUUUUUGGCCAUCUAGAGUAGAGCUCAGAAAAAACCUACCUGCAGCUUUGCGCUGCACAUACCCAGACUGUGCAGUGAUCAUUGACUGCUUUAGGGUUUCUCUGGAAAAAGCUAUCUGUGUGGAUGUAAACCAAGAGGUUGCAUCUACAGCAUUGACUGUCCCAGCUCAGUCCACGGUGAAUGAGCUUAAAUAUGUGAUAGGUGUUGCUCCUCAGGGUGUGGUCACGUUUGUCUCGAGGGGAUCGCCGGGUCACGUCAGCGACAAGCACUUAGUCGAGGGUUCUGGCCUUCUCUGUAAGCUCCUGCCCGGUGAUGUUGUUCUGGCCGAGCAUGACUUUGACAUUGGGGGCUUGGUAGGGGCUUGCAAAGCCGAACUCAAAAUCACUAGUUGCAGUUACACUGAAAAUAGUCAGAGUGAGGAAGAUUUUUCACUGGUGGGUGCUCUUUCAGAUAAAAUGAAUGUUCAUAGGCAUGUUGGGAAUGUAAUAGACAUGGUCAAAAGAAGAUAUUGUAUGUUGACCGGACCUGUGGAGAGUCCCUUUACAGUCAUAGAACGCACUUCCAAUGUGAGCACUUUUGAUAAGAUAGUGCAGGUUGCUUGUGCCUUGAAUAAUCUGUGUAUUUCUGCUGCACCCCUGGAAUGAUUGCUCAUGUUCGCCACACUUUUUGCAAGAGCGACUUUUACCUGUACAAUGGCUGAAUGCACCUUUAUCGUUUCCCCAUUUUUACAGAAGAGAAUAGAUUUUCUGCUAUUAAAAGAGGGCUGAGAACAUUUAUGCAACCUAAGGACCAGUUUAUACCAAACAUAUUCAUCAGGCACAGUUCACUGGACAAUUUUCUCUCUAGUCUUUUUUACAUGAGGAUCUUCCUCAGUCUCUGAGCUAACUUUUGUUCAUGCUUUGGUUUGAUAGAGACAUUCCAUCCAUAGCUUAACUUUAAGUUGCUAUUGUUGUGAGUGGAGCUUGUAUGCUGAGAAUGUAAAAUAUUCAAGGCACCGAAGAAGGCGUCUCAGUCGGAGACAGUUAUAAUCAUGUGUAUUGUGACAUCAGCUGCCCUUAGUUCCAGUGCCUUUGUCCAUGUGAGGCCUAUACCAUUUUUUUUUUGCUUCUGUACAGAUAUACACUAUAUUUUUGCAUUAAUCCAGCAGUACUUUGUUCUUUCCUUCUGAUGAUGCCUUGUCAUUCUACCAUGUAAUGUGAUUAUUAUGUAAGUACCACAAAAUUACAGUUUAGUUGUUAGCAUUGCUAUAUGAUCAUUGUUGUUGUAAAUCAACUC